UCAAUGCUUUCGGAAGUCCUCUGCGCCUGGAAACCUCAUCAUUAUUCCACCAGCCCGUCACCGUCGCUCAGACUAUGAAUAGUCAAUAACAAAUGAACAGGCAGGAAAUUAAGUGCCAGACGAGUGGGCUUGAAGCCCACAGGAAGGCGUGUCUGCCAUGAGUGCUGUUCGUGUGCCUCAGGUGGAUGCGUGCUGCUGCUCCCUCUUUGCCUUUGUGAACUCCAGCUCUUCAAACAUUCAAAAGAUGAUUCGCCUUGGUGACUAUCCUAGUGGAUGGCGAGUGGCUCUAAACUCUGUGGAAUACGUGGCUUUUUCUUUCUGCAGAAGAUGAAUAGGGUUGAUUAAGUCCUUCAGUGAGAAAACUCUUCUCACCUGGCUGUGGGGUAGCCUGACCAGGCUCUGAGGGGGUGGCACUUCCAGGAUAGGUGUGUGGAGACAGGGGCACAUGGGUCACUGAGUGUUUGUGUCUGUCCUUGGCAGGUGGUCUCAGCAAGCCUGUGUGACGCCCUCUGUGAGUGGUGGUGGGCACAGAGAGUCCUCAGAGAGGAUGUUCCUAUGGGCAGGAAGCAAAGGAGCUCAGGGAUCAGGAAGUGAGAGAAGGACUAUUUAUCAGAAGGUCCGGGAGUAUGACGUGCUAGACAAGAGGAAGACAGUGACAGCGCUGAAGGCUGGGGAGGACAGAGCUAUUCUCCUGGGACUCAGCAUGAUCCUCUUCUCUGUGAUGAUGUACUUUGUGCUGGGCAUUACCAUGGUGCGCUCCUACUCAGACAGUGUGUGGACGGAGGAAUCCGGCUGCACUGUGCUCAACUCCACCAUCGUGGCGGAGAUUAACUGUACCUACAGCUGCGGCUCCGAGUGCUGGAAAAGCUCCAAGUACCCGUGCCUACAGGUGUUUGUCAGUCUCAACACAUCCGGAAAGGUUGUACGACUCUCCCACAAUGAGGAGGCACAGGACACCAACCCAGAGUGCUUCUAUGUGCCCAAAUGCCAGAAGGACUUCAAUGCGAUCCACACUGUAGUCAUGAAAAUCUUGGAGCGUCUGAAAACACAGCAGCAGGUGCUGUGUUACAUGGACCCAGGUGAACAGCAGGACAGUGCUCUACUGACACGCAUCUAUGGACGAUUGGCAGUGUUCCACUCACUCUUUUGGCCAACCUGCACCCUCAUUGGUGGAACCAUCAUCAUCGCCAUGGUGAAGCUCACCCAGUACCUGUCCAUCAUGUGUGAACAGGUGGGCAGGAUCAAAAGGUGAGAGUAAGUCCAGGGGCCAGGCUACAGGGGCCAAGGGAUAUUCUACAGUAGCAGCACAAGGUCCUGGUUUUCAUACGCAGCCUAGGAACCUUAAGGAAGCUCUUUAUAUUCCAUUUGCGCUAAAGACUUGUGUAUGAGAGCUGAGCAACAGGGGAUCUGGGGGCUUAUAUGCCCCACAUGAUUCCUCUGGGCCUUCUGAGGAAAUCAAUAAGACUGAUAUGGGCUCCCGGCAGCUGUGUCAUGGCAGGUGAAAGUCAAUGACUUUGGGGCACAAUGAUUUUUCCUGGGAUCACUUUUCUGCACCUCCAUAAGUGGCACAAUCAUACAAAGUGAUGGCUUGAAAGAAGUGGCCAACACUUGACCUAAUCUGCCCUUGAACCCCUAGACAGCAUUGAUGAUCCAUUCACACUGUGACGACAAGGCAGUGAUGCCAAGAGGGUUUGACCGAGACAACUAUGUUGAAGCAUUGUCCAGAAUACUGAUCUAAACUUGGCUCCUUGUGUUACUGGUAUUGGGUGGAGGGUUACACAACUACAGGCGGCUGGGGGUGACACCCCUAAACGAGGUGUUGACUAUCUAUGCUGUAACCCUGGGUCUGUAGAGACUCCAUUCCAAGCUAAUAGUUUGGGAUAAACACUUCCUUGCAAUAUGGUGUAGCAGUAAUUACAUAUCACAAUACGUCUUAGUCACUAGGAUGAUUAGAUUGAAGUACAAUGCAACUUCCCAGGGCAACUGUUCAAUACAAAAUGCCUUAAUUUCUGGCCCUAAGACUGUGAUAGAUUGCUCAGCAUUUCAGACAGGAAUUCUACAGGACCUUCUCUGAAAUGGAUAGAUAUACUGAGGCAAACUGCAUUUUCAGUGCCUGGGCGUGGCUGCAUAAAACACCUUAAGUUAAUUUCCCCCUCAUCUUUUUCUUUAAAGUUGCCUUAACUUUAAACUAUAAAGCAAUAAAAACAAGUUGAGAAAAAAGUAUCUACAAGAAAUGCGGUUUAUUGUCUUCUGAAGCCAUUUGGUUGUCCUGUCUUGAUUGUAGAGGUUAUAUUUUGCUUUCUCACAAAAUCAAAGCAUCUCUUUGACCAGCAUUUAUUCUCUGAAACAGGCUGUCUCCAUGGUAACAAGAUACUCUUUCUGCCAUACAUGCCUUCAAACUACCAUAGAACCCCUUUAAGUAUUUCUUUAACUAAUAAAAUAUUUGAGGGGCACUGCCAGGCGGCAGGGUAGCCUAGUGAUUAGAGUGUUGGACUAGUAACCGAAAGGUUGCAAGUUUGAAUUCCCGAGCUGACAAGGUGCAAAUCUGUCAUUCUGCCCCUGAACAGGCAGUUAACCCACUGUUCCUAGGCCGUCAUUGAAAAUAAGAAUUAGUUCUUAACUGACUUGCCUAGUUAAACGCCCUUACAAUUCCCUUAGGUAAGGAAAAAUUAUUCCUUUAAGGAAACUCUUAAGAUGUUUUAUAUAAAACACCUUAAGUAAAUUCCUUACCUUUAAGUCAGUUGCCCUGGUUGCAAAAGGAAAACAUCAACCAGCAAGCUUGGUGUACAGCUAGCUACAUAGCUAAACAAUGGAAGGUGCACAAUCCAUGGCUAUAAAGCUACCUGGCUACCUACUAAGUGCAUUAACUUGAGGUACUAGAAAGUAAUAAGUAACAAGUUGAGAAAAAAGUAACAGCAAGAAAUGUGUUUUAUCUUCUGAAUCAAUUGGUUUCUCCUCUGUUGAAUGUAGAAGGUCUAUUUUGCGAUCUCCCCCCAAAAAUGUGAUUUAUUUGACAAGAGAUCACAUUCAGACAGUGAAUCAGGUCAUCUCCAUGGUAACCAGAGACUAUUACUGCUGAACAUGCCUUCAAACUACAGUAAACCCCCUUCAGUAUGCCUUUACCUAAGGGAAAUGUUUGAGGUGCUCUAUGCAGCGCCCUUAUAGAAUUCCCUUAGAUAAGUGGAAAUUAUUACUUAAUAAGGGAAAGCCUUAAGGGAAACACAUAAGAUGUUUUAUGCAACCAAGCGCACACAUUUAUUUGAGAAGAAGCACAAAUCGAUGAUGGAAAUAAGUCAUGGCACGUUUUACCACAAAUAUUUACAGAAUGAUGAUUGCACACAUUCAGACCAAACUGGGUAAAUAUUGACAAUAUUUCAUUAUUGGUUCCAUGAUCACUAUUAUUACUGUUUGUCAAUAUUAUUUUGCUGUCACUGUCAUCUUAUGUGGUCAUCAGCAGUUUAUCCCUGACUAUAAUUGUUACAUUAUUGACUGUUGCUUACUUAUCAAUCGAUACAAACCAAUUGUAAAUGCAAUUUUGUCUUGCAUUCAUACAUUUAAAGACAAACUCCGCAAUUACAGAACAUCCCUGGUUUGUAUUUAGUGAUCAUUGGGUUGGUCAAAGUAGUUAAAAGGCUCAAGAAAUCCACAAAAAAACUGAGCCUUAGUAUAAGAGUAGUCUGUUAACUGUGAAACCAAGUCAAAUGUAUUGGUAUGCUGCUUUACUUUAUGAUUGAUAGAGCGUGUGGGUGAACAACUCAUGUCUGUCCUCCAUUAAUCCUACAGUCUACUGUACAGCACAGUCCUUGGGAUUCGAAGAGUUUCAUUCCAAAAUGCUGUAUAUCCAUUUCCAUUAGCUUUUGUUGUUUAAAGAAAUUGUAAAAGAGAUUGGGGUGUUUUUUUUACUAUCUAAUCAUAGUUUGGGGUUGUCCAAUGACAGAGGUGUAGUUGUUUAAAAUGUAUCACUUAGAUGGUUUCAUUUCAGAGACAAAUAAUCAUGUUUUCUUUGCAAAAUGCUACAUAUCCGCCUUACUUGGAGAAAUAAGUAGUACUGCUAGGAUUUACACAGUGAAAUGUAACAAAUAAUUACAUUUUUAAUGAAGAACUGUACACAUUUGUGACAUCAAUAUAUAAACAAAAUACUAAAUAAUUAUAUACAGUAGUAUGAGAUCUGUAUGUCAAACUAUUUGUGAUUUAGCAGAUGCUCUUAUCCAGCGUGACUUAUAGUAAGUGCAUUCAUCUUAAGAUAGCUAGGUUAGACAACCACAUAGUGUAUCACAGUCAGAUAUACAAGAUACGAGCAUUCCAUUCCAGCUAAACAAUGGAUAUAGAGCGUUUUGCAAAAAACACAAUUUCAUACACAUCUAAAAUCUAUUAAUAAAAAUCUGAUAACAAUAACAUUUUACAAACACAUGAAGGUACCCUUAAGCAAUCAUUUAUGAUUAAAAAAAACACAAAUGCACAAGCAGUAGGACAUUUGAGGUGCCGGUACUCAGCUCUGAUAAGCUCCUGUCAAGCACUGUACUGUAGCAUUUUGGAAAUAAACUCUUAAUUUACUCUCUCCUCAGCUCAACAGUAUUUCCAGACAGACCAGUUGAUUUUACCAUCGCGGACAGAUGGAUUUGCUGGGAAUGGUACCUGAAUAGUGUCUUCAAAGGGCACCUUAUUUAAAGUAUACUGACUGGCUGUGAUGAAUCUGUAGUUGGAGAGUAAUCAGUCACUGGGCCUGUACGUGCCUUCCACGGGUGGCUGGACCCAGCUCUGGCGACAGCAAUCCCUCACAAAUAGGUCCUCGGAAAUCUUCCUUUCAUUGAACAAUUUCCAGU